AUGAGCAGCCUCGAUAUUCAUUCCGCCAGACAGCUGGUGGAAAAAAUCGCUGAGGAUCAUGGAUUCAUCUCAGACAGGGAGUUAGCCACUCUUCCCGAGGCCAUGCGACAGAAAAUCACUCGUGCUUUCAAUCUUAAGGAUAGCAUCAUAGGCAGCGGUGCCGUUACGCUUGCCCGUAAUCUGUACUCAAGCACGGCUCGUUUUAUUUUCGAGCUUCUCCAGAAUGCGGACGACAACAGCUACAAGGCAACCCGGCAGGCUGGCGGCGACCCAUGUGUCUCUUUCAGCGUGUACCCCGACAGGCUGGUCCUGGAGUGUAACGAGGACGGGUUCACGGCUGAGAAUGUCAGAGCCAUCUGCAACCUGGGUAAAAGCUCCAAGAAGGGCGCGCAGGGCUACAUCGGAGAGAAGGGAAUCGGCUUCAAGUCGGUUUUCAUCGCCGCCUGGAAGGUCGAGAUUCAAUCCGGGCCCCUCUCCUUCUACUUCCAGCACCGCAAGAAGGAUACGGGGAUUGGGAUGAUCAAUCCAAUCUGGUUUGAUCCCGAGACCACACUACCUGAUAGCACGACACGGAUGACCCUUCAUUUUCACGAGGAUGUCAAGCAGGCCGACAUCAUCCAGCUCCUGCGAAACUUACAAGUCGAAAUAUUGCUAUUCCUUCAGAAGCUCAAGGUGAUCAAUAUUUCCGUAUACGACGAACACAAUGAGAGUCCCGCCUGGACUCGAGUAGUCAGGAUGAAAAGAAGCGACCCAUCCAGCGACACUGCUGAGAUACGGGUGAAAGAAGCAGGGAGCUCAGCAAAAGCUCCCGGCCAAUCAGUCUAUCGCUUCUUUGUUGUCAGACAUGAGGCUAAAAACCUCCAGCCCAAUGAAAACAGACAGUACGACGCGAAGGAGACUGAGAAGAAAGCUUGGUCAACCAGCCAAGUCAUCGUGGCCUUUCCUCUCGAUAAAAACAGUCAGCCUAUCAUCCAGUCGCAGGAAUUAUUCGCAUUCAUGCCCGUCCGCAGGGUCGGGUUCAACUUUCUCAUUCAUGCCGAUUUCGUCACCCAGGCAAACCGGCAAGAUAUCGUUUCCACUUCCCCAAGGAAUAUCGGACUGCGUGCUGCAAUUAGUGAUGCCAUCGCCAAGGGUCUAGCCUCACUCUCUACUUUGCGAUCUGUCAGAUAUAUAUGGAUGCGAUAUCUACCCCGACAGGACAGCCUGCCCCAAGAUCCCUUUUGGACAGCACUAGUUCCUGAGAUACGAAAGUCUCUUGGGAAAGUGCCAAUUCUAGAACCUGAGAGUCCGCAACUAACCACCCGGUAUUACUUAGCCAGUCUCAAGUGCCUCCGACCUGAACACCUGGACGGACAAGGGAAACCUCUUAUACCGGAUAUCUCGAUCGCCCUCUUGUAUUUGUCUAGAAAUUACAAGCCUGAAGAUUCGAAAAUCCUUAUGGAGUAUGGGCUAGAGUACCUUGACGACGAGGGCGUCAUCCCUCGACUUUCGGCUCUGACGAAGUCGACCACCUGGAACUCGAGGAUGUUUGAUAGUCGCGACGAAGACUGGCACGCAAGACUGGCCAGAUUGAUCGUCAAGAUUCUAUCCUGCAAGGAAUCCAACAUCCUAUUGGAGCUUCCUUUGAUCCCACUUGCUUCCAAGGUACUUCGAGGCAGAUACACUAUCGGAUCUAGUCUGUUUGGGUCGGAUAUUUAUUUCCCUGAAUCUGACGGAGUAGCCAUCCCUCCAGAUCUUGGCAUUCAUCGUAUUCUACCAGAAGCAGCUGCGAAUAAAGAUUGCGCAAGUCUUUACGAGAAGCUUCAAGCCAAACGGCUAUCUCCUCAGAGAGCCUAUAGCUUGAUACUGGAGCGUCACAAAAGCAGCGAACCGCUUCCUGCAGAGUCAGCAAACCACAUCAGGUACCUCUAUCGGGUUUUUCACCACCUCAACCAGAACAGCCAUCAGCUGUAUAGAAUGAAGAUAGUGGAUCACAAAGGUCAAUCUCGGCUCCCAUUUUUUAACUAUUUAUACCUUCCAGGAGACAAAGGAGAUAAAUAUUCCCCGUUCAAUUGGUCAACACCCGUCGAGACUACAGGGGGUAGCUUUAUUGAGUCCAAAAUGUCACUGAUUCACCCUUGCUAUCUCGAAAAUUGGCCUGAGACAAAUCAGAAGCUUGGAAAAAGCUGGGUUAGCUGGCUUCAUCAUGAGAUGUGCCUUCAAACCUCCUUCCAAUUUUUUACAAAGAGGGCAGAUGACGACCAACCUGAAACGCUAAGUGAUGAGUUUCGCUUCUUGGUGGAGCAUCGUUCACCAAAGAUUAUCUCAUAUCUAUGUGCGAAAUGGGCCUCUAGCCCGUCAUUUGCAGAGUCCUGGUUGUCAAACCCACAGCGUAUCCAACUUCUCAGAGAGUGUGAGUUUAUUGACCAGUCAGGGGCGAAAAGACCCCUUGCCUCCACAUAUCUGCCAGUACCAUCCCUCAUCGGUCGCUGUGGCAGCUUCAUCUCCGACUCGACUGUUCUUCCAUUCUUAGAAAUGGAAGAUCCGAUUAUCGAAGGAGCUGCUUUAGGCUGGGAGGGGGUUGGAAAGGCAUUCACUUUGGGCGUUACAGAUGAUCUAGACUUCUACCUGAAAAUUCUUGAAGCUAUCAACUGUGGCGAUUCAGGGACCACAGAAUCGCUCACCGCAAGUGUCACGAGACUAUACUUACAUAUCCACGCUCGGUGUCUCGCGUCAGAUGACCGUCAGGCAGCACAGAACAGAGUAAGAGAGUUCUUUGACUCUUCUUACGGCGUUCUUUGCUCUCCGUCGCAGGAAAGUAACGACAGCGCACUGGGGCAUGAGGACGCCCAGGACGGUAGUUGGGCCAGUGCACAAGAUUGCCUAUGGGAUGCUCCUCCUGGGUUUGAAAGUAAAGAACCGGUAGGUGCACGCUGGCAAACUGUACUCGCAAACUUAGAUCCUCAGGACAGAGACAGCCUGGAGCAGUUCUUCCGCCGGACAGUUGGCAUACGAGAUGUCGAGAGCCAAGACCUCUUAGACGAACUUAUCCUCCAUUCCAGUUCAGACUCGCCAUCAUUGGAGGUGUUGGGCGAAAUAUACAUGAAGCUGUCAGAAAUGCUCACCAACAUGGAAAUUAAGGGGAACAGUAUCAGCUUGAAAAAGAUAAAACUUCAAUUUGCAACAGAGCCAUUGAUUUUUAUUCCUUCCAACAAUGAAACAGAAUGGUUCUCCACUGGGAGCUGUCUGUGGUCGAUCGAUGGCGAGAAACUUGGCAAGCCAUCUCUUGAGAGGCAUUAUCCCGAUCUAUCAGCAUUUUUCGUCGAUAUACUGGGUGUGCGCAAAUUAGACUUGAAGCUUAUUAUCAAUGAGCUUCAAGAAAUUGGUGAUAGUAUCAUAUCGGUCACUCAUGCAGAGAAUCUUCUGAAGUCUCUCAAGAUCUACCUCGCAUCACAUCCAGGUGAAAUCCCGAAGUUGGAAGACAAAGCCCUGCUGAGUCGAGUCUUCCCAGCCUUUGUGCCUGGACACACCCAGGUGCAACUUCUGUCAGCUAAGGAGGAGUUUGCUAUUGCCGACCGUCAGAGCUACCUGGAUGCUCUGCAGCCUCAUAUCACAGUUCUUAAGUUUACAGUUGCAGAAGUACAGCAGCUUGCCCCUGUAUUUGAGUGGAUGGGAUUGGCGACCCGGAAUCUGUCCAGAGUCGUCGAUGAAAGAACAGUUGUGGGGGGUAACGAUCAUCUGUUGGACAGAGAGCUUACAAAGGACCUUAUCUUGAAAGCCGGCGCAUUUGUGAGCAUCGCAUCACAUUUUGAGAGUCCAUUGGCAGCCUCUUCCACACAGAGCCUCUAUUUAUCACUUCGAAAGCUCAGGGUAUACUCAGCUCAAGAUAUCAACACCAAGCUCUGCAUCAAACAAAACGAGCAAGAAGUUCAGAUUCCGAUCGGUAAGGGUGUUCUUCACAUUGACACCUCGGAACAUGGCAAUUUCAAAAUAUUCAUAACUGCAGAUGAGAGCACUCGGGACUUUUGCAUCACUUCCAAGCUCCCCCAUCAUUUUGCCGCCUCUCUCCUCGGUUGCAAUACGUCCGAGGUGACCGACAAAGUCCUCAGCGUGGUUUCUAGUGUUAUCCACGGAAGGCCCAAGAGCAUGAGCCUCAUUCUCCAGGAGAAAGGAAUCCCAGAGCUGGACCAAUCAUCACUUGGUGAACCCGAUGAUGAGGAUAUAGAAGGGCUAGGCUUGAUUCAAUCUUCGUCAUCGAGGGAACUGGUCUUAAUCGGAAAGUCUCCCCCUAGGAGAUCAAACCAUGCUUUUACAUACUGGGCCGAAGACUCAGCGUCAUACUCUGCCGGUUCCUCUACAAUGGAUGUUCCUAAUAACUAUUCGGAAUAUUAUGACGAGUCCAGAGAGUUAGAGGCAUAUAAACGGCUUCUUGUUCGAGUUGUCGAGGUGGCUCGGCAGCACACCAUACCACUCGAUUCCGAGUCUGUCUUUAAUAUGAAUUCAUUAACUCGAAGUCUUGACGGCUCCUCGAACUACAAUUUCACUGCUCGAGAUGAUAAGGAGUUUAAAUAUAUGGUUGGGGCAGCAGGAGAACUGUUUAUUUUCGAGAGUCUGCUCAAGCUACAGCUUACCGAUUUCGAUAUCGGGGCAUGGAGAAGCAACGUACGCCGAUUCGUCAAAGCCCAUCCAGAUUACGAGAACAUACCCGAUACGGUGUGUCACGGGGCUGGACACAUAACAUAUCACGACAGGAAGGGUGAAUUGACCAAAAAUUUGAUCCAGAGGGGAUUUCUAGAUGAUUCUUGGCAGGAAAGCACGCCAGAAUAUCUCAUCCUCACAAAGACGAGUCCAUCAGAGAAGCCCGACUUGCCAUUUUACAUGACCAAUGACCAAUACAUUAAAAUGGAGGAGUACCUCUCUACACAGCGCUUGGAUACCAAACAGAAGCUGCAAGCCUGUAUCUUGUUCCGCGUCUAUGGCUUGAUGUCGGGUAACAUUCGAGUGAAAGUGUGUACAGAUAUCGAUCGACUUAGAAAGAGUGGGGAGCUUAAGUUUGUGAGCGACGGCUGGACUAUAUAUCCCCAGAGCAAGGGUCUAAACCGAAACUGA